AUGGAGCAGUAUCAAGCCAAAGUCCAAAACCUUUCAGCUUCUGCAACAUUGGGCUUGAUCACCACCGUUUUCUUGGGAAAAACCAGUGAUUUAAUGAACUUGAAUAUGGAAGCAUAUAAAGAAUAUGGCAUAGAUAUCAAGCUGGUUGUAGAUGAUGAUCUGAACACUGAAACUUUAAUGGCCAACAACUCUGGAAUUCACAUGGAAGACGGAAUAGUGAUCGAAAGAGUAUCAGAAUUUCGAAACCUAUCCAAAAGUGACCAAUUAAAGAUGGCAGAUCGGAUCCGUGUAAUGGCCGGCUCCUCCCCGUCCGAUAAGCUACUGUUGUUGCAGCGCCUGAAGAAGAAAGGCCAAGUCGUGGCUGUUGCAGGAGCCUCUUCCAGGGACUCUCCGGUGCUAGAAGAAGCAGAUUUAGGCUUUUCAGUGGGUGAAAAUGCUGGAGAAUUGGCCAGGGAGGCCUCGGAUGUCAUCAUAAUGGGCCAUAGAUCUGUCACUAAUAUCUUCCCCAUUUUAGGGUUUGGAAGGUGUGUCUGCAAGAAUAUCCAAAAGUUUGUGCAGUUGCAACUCACUAUCAAUAUUUCUUCCUUCACCAUAAACUACAUUCUUCUACUUUCCAACAUGCGGGAGCCAAUUGGGCUUUUGGAGCUCUUGUGGGUUAACCUAAUUAUGGACAUUUUUGGUGCCUUGGCUCUAGCACAGCAAUCACCAAUUACAGAGAUUGCGGUGGACCGACCAAAUUUGGGUGAAAAGGGAUCUCAAUAUUUAACCAAGAGGGUGUGGACAAACAUAGUUGUUCAAGCUUGCUACCAAGUCACUGUUGUAUUGAUCCUUUACUUCAAGGGGAAAUGGAUUCUGGGCACAAAUCAAAAGGUCUUGGAAGCCAUGAUCUUCAACUUUUACGUGACCUGCCAGGUCAUUGUAUUGAUCAAUGCUAGAGGAAUCCAAUGUGGAAGAAUGAAGAAUAACAUGUUUUGGGUCCUUGUUGCGGCUAUGGCUAUCUUGCAAGUAGCAUUCAUGGAGAUUAUGGCGGUUCUCUCUCAUAUGGAAAGGCUGGAUCUCAAACAAUGGGCUCUCUGUGUGGGAAUCGCAACGUUCUCUUUCCCCCUUGGAUGGGUUGCCAAAUAG